UGUCUGCUAGUUAGCUGGAUAUAUUUAGCUGAUUGCCUUAUCGGAUCAGAUUUAACCUGCAGUCCAACAAUAUAGACUAAGUACACAUAGUUUAUGCUGGUUUCAUGCAACCAUUACCUGGAAGACUAGUUAUUUAACUAGGGAAGCUUACUUCAACAGCAGCUUUGUUAUUUCAGCAGAUCCUGGAUUUUCUGUAAGAACCGAAAACAGACUAUUUGAGAAAUGUCUUCAGACGAAGACAGGGCCAAGGAAAUUUUGAAGGGCUUCAAACUAAACUGGAUGAACCUUCGAGAUGCAGAGACGGGCAAAGUGCUGUGGCAGGGAACUGAGGACCUCUCUGUUCCAGGAGUAGAACAUGAAGCUCGUGUCCCGAAGAAGAUCCUGAAGUGUAAAGCAGUGUCCAGAGAAUUAAACUUUUCCUCCUCAGAGAAACUGGAAAAGUUCAGACUGGAACAGAAAGUUUUCUUCAAAGGACAGUGUCUAGAAGAAUGGUUCUUUGAGUUUGGUUUUGUUAUCCCCAACUCCACCAACACAUGGCAGUCUCUGAUAGAAGCAGCUCCAGAGUCCCAGAUGAUGCCAGCCAAUGUUUUAACUGGUAAUGUGAUCAUUGAGACCAAGUUCUACGAUGACGACCUCCAUGUCAGCACCUCCAGGGUACGACUUUUCUACGUCUGACCUCUGACCCCCUGACUCUACCCUCCAAAAUGCUGAUGUCCUGCCAAGGUCUAUAAAUUACCAAUGUUAGCUACGAUUUGCAGCAGUAAACGGCUCUUUGCUGACUUGGGAUCAGCACAUUUGGAUGAAACCCAGCUGUGGUCCCACAAGUCAGUGAAGUGAGCUUUUUGUUUGGUUGUUCUCUUGUUUUGUGUUGACCUGAAAACUUCCUCUAGACCUUGGGAGAAGAGGUGAGAAGAGGAGAGAGCACUCUGCUGUGUCCUCUGUUCCAACAUCAUCUCUCUCUGCUUAUCCCCCUCCAGACUUUUCCACUGUAAACACAUUAUCACUGAUCACCAGUCAGCCAGGGAGCCACUCUCUGGUUUGGGCUUUUUUAGAAUUCUGCUCUCUCUCACUCCAAGGUUGCAUUUACUCAGGAACAGAAUAUCAGACGCAUAACCUGCCUGAUGUGAUCUUCUUUCUGUUUGGAAACACUGCUCUCCAUGUGUUGUCAGUGUUGAGGGAGGAAGUUUAGUGCCUCUCCUGAGAUACGUUCAAGAGUUUCUCAUCAUAAAACACAGGUCAACAUUUCCUCUAGCUGUGUCCCACUCCAGAGGCUAGUGAAGUCCAGAGGCCUGUGAAGUCCACACUUCAUGAUAAGGUAUAUUGACUGUCCUGUUCCAAAGUCCCAUUGGGAUGCAGCCUCUUUUUGUAUACAUUUGAAGAACACAAAAGGUACAUUGUUUGUAGUCUUCAAUAUCCCCAAAUCUGUUGCACUGGUUACGUUUUGUGUACUUGUCAAGUUGGAAUAUUGUUGUGUGUAUAUUAGUGAAAUGGACAUCUUACGGAUAUGACAAAUCAACUCUGACAUGUCCACUUUUACGAGCUGACAAGGACUGCCUGAAUGCAUCGUUAAUGGUGGUCUCUGUGAGGUCAAGUAUUGUAACUUGUGAUUUAGCUUUAGUCCUCCGAAGGACACACCUCUGCAGGCAGCCUCUGAAGUGGGACACAGCUUCUACCAACCAAACCUUUCCUGUUUCCUGACCAAAUUACCUAGUGUAGAACAGAGAUUUUCAGUGUGGUGUGAUGGAGGACCAAGCACCUGCUUUUAUUCCAGUAAACAACGAGAGAUGCUGGUUUAUCUCGAUUGCUUCUUGCCUGUAUUGUUUUGAAUGAAAAGCUGCACACUUUUGUCAUGACACAUGGUUGAAAAGCACUGUGUUUGGGGGACAUUCAUCAGCAGACAGGGGGGGUUAAAUACAUCCACUUGUACUUAAAAUGCUCAACUUUCACUAAAUCAUCAUCAGGUGUAAACGGAGUCCUGCAUCAUUUAUUCUCAGUAGUUGAAGAUGUUACCAGCGGCUAAACUCAGUUCUUCCCUGCACAUUCUGGCUUCCCAUCCAAUUCACUGUUUGUUUUUUUCUUAGCUGCUAACUGAGCAGUGUAAAAUAGACUUGUGUUAUAAUAUGACUGGAGUUGUGGAUUAAAGUCAUCCGAUGUUGUAAUAACAUGGUGUUUAUGGUCUUCAUUGCUUUUCAGAUAAGGUUCCCUCCCCCGUUGUGAGUUAAUCAUGUUUAAACCAAAUAUUCCGAACAUUUGGGGGUUGUUGCUGUGUCACAUAAUAUUUGGUUUGCAUAGCAGCAGUAUGAAAUAAGGAACUUUCAUACUGUAAUUGCACUGUGUAGGUUGUUUAAGUUUAGCUGAAUGUUGAAGGCUCAUUUUGUACUGAAGAUUUUAACUGAUACAAGUAAGUAAGCACUUCUCAGGUUUAUUUUACGCUGAUAGUGUCUAUUUAAAGAGGGAUGGAUAUGUGUGUAGCUGUUAGCAUGUGAUGUUGACUUCUGAGUCUCUCAGUUCAGCCAAGUUAACUGUUGAGUUCCACAUGCAUCAUGGUCGCAUGGUGUAAAUAAAUCACCUUUCUUUGGUCUCUGACAACGACAACGUCUCUGAGUCAUCUUCCUUGUCACUUUGGUCAGGCUUCCCCACAUAUUAUUUUAUCAUUUAUAGGCUAGUUGUACUAAUGAAAUAUCUAUACUUUUGAUCAGUGAUGUAAAGUACAAUUUUGAUGUACAUGUGGAUUGAGUUCUUCCAUUUUCCGACACUUUAUAUUUCUACUCUACAUUUCAGAGGGAUUUAAGGUGCAACUUCACAUACUUACAAGGUGCAAUAACCUUUUUAUUGUUCGUGCAAUUAUUUUUCCUCCGACCUCCUGUCGCUGGGUUCGCCUGAAGUCUUAUUUCAUCCAUCUUAUUUUCCUGCGACCGGACAUCAGACAGCCAGAGUAGGAGUAGCCUUAGGUCCUAGUUGGGUUAAGUCGGCUUGUGCGUGAAAAAGACAGUUCUGGUUUUGAGAAGAGCUGAUUGAGGCAGGACAAUAGUGUGUUAUUGUAAAGGUUGACAAAGUCUGUGGUGGAGGGGGUGAGGGUGGACAGUGAUGAGGGACAGAUGGACUUGAUAUUACAGAGAGUGAUGGUGCGUGUGUGUUUGGGUUCUGCGAUGUCGAUCUCCAUGAUGAUGGCUGAGUGGUCGCAGAUGGUGAGGUCAGAGCCAGAUAGGUGGUGGAUGGUGAUUCCAGUGGAACAGACUAGGUAAAAUAUGUGAUCUUGGUGGAGAAGUUGAUGUGUUGAGUGAAAUUGAGACUUCCAGGCAUGUCCUUAAAUUCUGUGGCUAUUUUACAGUUGGUAGAGUGGAUGUGGAUGUUGAAAUCGCCCAGCAGCAGGAUGGAAGGUGAAAUGGAGCAGAGCUGGGUAAGGAAUUCAGAUAGGUCGGGGGGAAGGCAGAUAAUUGAAAUGACCUGGGGUUUGGGACCACAGAGUUUGAAUAUCAGCUCUUCAAAUGAGGGUGGACUUUGGAUGUUAGUCAGACUGGUUUUUAUGUGUUGGCGGUAAAGAGCGUCAAUUCCUCCACCGCGGCCAUCAGGGCGUGGUUUGUCCAGGUAAUGAUACCCAGUAGGGGUGGUUUGGUUGAGUGCGUAGUAGUCCAGGUGUUUUUGCCAAGUUUUAGUUAGACAGAGGAUAUAGUUAAUGUCGGCAAUUAAUUCAUUGAUGAUUAGACUUUAAUUGUUGUUUAGUCACCCGGUGUUGAACAUACAAUGUUUUGUGAUUGGUUGUGAGGAUUUGGGGUGGGUUCUGAGGUUGGCUGGAUUCACGUGCCGUUUGUUAUGACGACGCAAUGAGGGAGUGGUUGUACGCCGGUGCUGAGUCCACAGAGAUGGGAUUGAGUUGACAGAAGGGGAGUUGUAAACGAUAAACUGGCGCUGGGAGCUUAUGUGAACAUCACUGGGAUGAAUGUAAGAGAGCUUGUUGUUGUACGUAUAUGGCUUUGAGAGUGCGGUGUGAAUGGGGCAGCCUGUCUGUCACGAUAGUCGGAAUGGGGAGAACUACAGCUGAGGGGGUUAAUGACAGGCUGGGCUAGUAGGAGGAGCAGUCAUGGGAAACUCUGCUCUGAGGUGGCAGCUUAUAGGAGAGGAAAAGGAAGGGGUGAGUGAGUGGAGUGUAACUAGUCAGGUGGGCAGGAUCCAACAGCGUGCUGCACAUUAGCUGCAAGCAUGUGGGUACCCAGGUGUUAGGACGGAUACCAUCUGUCUUAAAAAGGAAGAGCGGUCUUUAAACAAAAUCAAAUUGUCAAUGAAGCCCACGCUGUGGGCCCUGCGAACGGACUCAGCCAAGUGUGGAGGCUGAGGAUUCUGCUGAACUGUUGCAGUCUACGGCCGAGUGUGGAAGUUGAACUAUAAUUCUCCAAAUAGAGGUCGAGUGCGCAUGCAACAGGCAUGGCAGUUUUAACCGGAUGUCAGAGGCCGUGGCUCCGGGGAAACAGUGUGUGGCUGCGUUGAAGAAAUGGAUGUUUCUGAUUAUGGAAACCCCAACUAUCAGUUUAGUCAAGGAGAAGAGGGGACGAUGCGAUGUUGAGUGUGGGCGAGAAGAUAUCACUGUGCACGUAAUGAGCCUG